GCCUGCCUGCCGGAGACAGUGAAAUCAGGCUGCCAAGAAACAUCCGUCCGUCGAAAUCGCUAAUUAAGAGUGCGACGUAAGCAGGCGCAUGCCGGAAGUGAUCACGAAGAAAUCGUAGUUAGAGCAGGAAGAAAGCGAAGAAGGGAGAGGACGAGGAGGAGCAGGAGGAGGAGGAGGAGGGUACGACGUAGGCUCUCAAAGCCCGUCCGAUGUUUGCGAGCAGAAGCAGAAAUAAGAGCGGAGCAGGGACGAGGAGAAACUUGAAAUAGGCGAGAUUUGGCAGUUGCGUGCAUGACAAAUUUUGAUAGAUAGUUUGGUUGACAACGACGAGGUGGAGCAGCAGCGCCUCUGCCUGUAGGAAUUAGAAUCGGGGAGGGCAGAGUGGAAGAAGAUCAGAGUGGACGGAGUGAUUGUGGAUAGCCAAGUCGUCGUAGAUUGAAGUGGAAGUCUGCCGAGAGAAAAGGAUCAUCGGAGAUAGAAGGCGAUUGUGUCCGGCCGUGGAUUAGUGGCAGGUGUUGCGUGAGGGAGGAAGAGUGAUUGUGGAGCCCUUUGAAGAUCCGGGGGGCGGAGAAUUUGUGUCGUGGGUUGAGUCCUGGGCGAGGUAGCGAUUCGUGUCGGGUUUCGAAUACGAUGAGGCACUUCCUUCACCGGUUUUCGGGUCGCGUUCCUGGGUUGAUCACUCUCGCUCGGUCACAUAUCAACAAGCAAAACACCAGCAGCUGUUCCCGGUCGUUCCCAGUGAUCUCCUUGCGGCAUAUCUCUGCGUCUCCUACUUCAGGAUUCUCCGAAGCCAGCGGAACUGUGCUAGCAGCAACAAGUGAAGCUGAUCACACAGUGCUACAAUCGAAUGGAGCAUCGACAGACGAGCUUGGAGCAGAGGCAUUGACACCUGCAAAAGUGGUCGAGAUGUUGGACCGUUAUAUAGUUGGCCAAACGGAAGCGAAACGGGCUGUUGCUGUGGCUCUGCGUAUGCUUUCACCAGCCUUGCUGCUGCCUCUUGUCUGAUCCACUCUACAACUGGUGGGAUAAAUGUUGUGUGGGGCAAAGCUCGUAUAGAGGUCUCUGCUGUAAUAAUAGUUUCUGGAAAUGCAGGGGAACUACACUUGCUUUAACUGAGGCAUGAAAAAUAUAGAUCUGUGCACUGCUUGGAGUCACCUGGGGACGAGCAUGAUAGAUUGUGAAGAAGCUGUCAUCAAAUCUCUUUAUGAGAGGACAUUUUUUAGUUUUUUUUCAUCCAAGUCAACCUGUAUACAAACGUUACAUGAGGAGAAUGUUCUCUAUGAAUGUGAGCGCUGCCGUUAGGUCUCUCCGUUAAUACAAACUAGGUGUCUUUUCUACACCCAGUUUGUAUCCGGCGUUUGUUGAAUCUUUGCUUACGUUGGGGACAAGCUGUUUGCUGUUUAUCUGACUUAUCCUCGGGUUGGCUGGAGUUAUUUUAUGCUGUAGACGUUGUGAUUUGCUUUGGGGCACGGGCUAAGGAGGAUAUAUCGAACUGUCCCAAAAGAUUUUUGAUGACUCGAUGACCCGAAAUAGAUGGAGACGUCAUCGUAUACCAGCCGCACUACGCACGGAAAUCGUACCCAAGAAUAUUCUUAUGAUUGGUCCCACUGGUUGUGGCAAAACCGAGAUUGCCAGACGCCUUGCAAAGCUAGCAUAUGCUCCAUUUGUGAAGGUGGAAGCUACGAAGUUCACUGAAGUAGGUUUUCAUGGACGAGAUGUUGAUCAAAUAAUUCGUGACCUUGUUGACAACGCCAUUCUUUUGCAACGGCAAAAGGUCCGGGCUAGAGUGGUGAAGGUCGUAGAGCGCAAUGUGGAGAACAGGAUACUGGAUGUUCUUAUCGGUGAACAGCCUACUGUGGAGGGUGAUGCUCCACCAACGGAUACGAUGGAGAUUUUCAGGAAGCUGUAUAGAGAAGGAGCAAUGGACGAUCGCAAAAUUAGGUUGGACAUUCCUGAUGGGCGAGUUCGUCUCCCCGUGGACAUUGUCAGUGGUGGUAGUUAUGCCGUUAAUGAGCUCAUAUAUCGGAUGGAAAAGGUAUUCAAAUCUCAGAAGAUGGAAAGACGAGAAAUAACGAUUGGUGAGGCACGGCCUUUGCUAACUGAAACCGAAAUGGAGAAACAUCUGAAUUCGGACCAGAUAACCAAGGAUGCUAUUGAGCUCGCGGAGUCGGAUGGAAUUGUUUUCAUCGACGAGAUAGAUAAGAUUGUCACCAGCCACGAUUCAAGACACGGCGCUGAUGCCAGCUCGGAAGGUGUACAGCGUGAUCUGCUUCCUAUCAUUGAGGGGAGUACAGUGAGCACCAAGUACGGAAACGUCAACACCGAUCACAUUCUGUUUAUCUGCAGUGGUGCCUUUCAUUCAUGUAAACCAAGCGAUAUGCUUGCCGAAUUGCAAGGAAGGUUACCUAUUCGUGUUGAGCUCAAAGGACUCACUCGUGAGGAUCUUUAUCGCAUACUCACGGAACCCGAAACGAACAUGAUAAAACAACAACAGCUACUAAUGAAGACAGAGAACAUCGAUCUGGUGUUUACGGAUGACGCCAUCGAUGAGCUUGCAGCUGUCGCUGCUGAGGUUAACAGGUACCUGGAUAACAUUGGUGCAAGACGACUUCACACAGUAAUCGAGAGAGUCGUUGAAGAGAUAAGUUUUCAUGCUCCAGAAAGGACCGGUCAAACAUACACUAUCGAUAAACAGAAAGUUAGGAAUUCCAUGGGAGACCUGCUUCACAAAACUGACCUAUCGAAGUUUGUUCUAUAGUUUUACAACUUUGAGACAUUGGUGUGAUCCAAGUGAUGCGCACAUGCGUCGUUACGGGCGCAAAACCACACGUGUACAGCGUUAUGGCUCAGCUUUUAGGAUAUUUUAUGUCUAACCAUUUAAAUGUUACAGAAUGUACCAGAUGGCAACUUAUACUCUAGAGAACAUGAUCUUUGCUUCUUUUUCCAGUAUUAUCUUUGUCGAGGCACUAGGAGGGAAGCGGUUGGCACUGCAAAAUUGCGGCAGAAGCUUGUUCGAUAAUUUUUCUUGAAGUCAAGGUGGAACACCCGUAGUUGAGAGUUUACAGAGUUCCUAUAGCAUGGUUUCGAGCUGAUGAAACCUGUUACUCGAAGUACGUUGAAGUAGAUGGUCCAGUGUCAGUUGUGUGAGUAGUUUAGUGAUUCUUUCAGCAUACCAGUAAACAGUAAACAGCAAUCAUCAAAUCAGAAACUUGGAAUUUCUGUAUCUGGGACUAGUUGGAAAGAGUUUCCUACUGCUUCUUUAAUGGAGCAGGUUGGAUUAUCUGCGUUGACACAACAACACUGCUGCUACCAGUUCCAGGGGCAACGACACCCCCCGUUUGAUUGAUUUCUUACACUCUUGGUUUUGUCCUCACCCUUUGGAUGUACUUCUAUUGUGUACAUAAUAGUGUUAUUCUGCUAACGAGUACGAAAAUCGGUC